AUGGCACGGAAACUGAGCCACCAGAGGGUCACUUAUGUGCUGCCGCUGCCUGAUGCCCCCGGUGGGCACCGGCUCGGAGUGAAUGGGUUAGCCGUUGACCAGCAAAACUCCAUCUUGUAUUCCGCGGGCCGCGACGGUGUGAUCUGUUCAUGGGAUUUGAACCCCCCACAAGCUCCUUUUCAUCCUUCGAAUCCAUUCUCUAAUGCGACAAGACAGCCCGGUCCGACUCGUUUUAAAACUCAGGUUCAGGCUCAUAGCCACUGGAUCAACGAUAUCGUCUUAACUCAGGACAAUUCCGCUCUUGUAUCCGCCUCUUCCGAUACCACUGUACGGCUUUGGCGACCGCAUUCCGAAUCAGUUGAGGUUCCCGAACGCAUUGGUAAACAUGCAGAUUACGUGAAGGCGCUGGCUAGCCCUGGUGGCCAAGCUAGCUGGGUCGCAUCAGGUGGCCUUGAUCAUAAAAUCUGUUUGUGGGAUCUGAAUGGCUGCGGAGAAAUCUUGAGCAUUGAUGCCUGUGGCGAUGAUAAGACUGAAAAGGGAUCUAUCUAUGCUCUUGGUGCUGUUUCCUCGGUGCUAGCUAGUGGUGGACCGGAGAAUGUUGUCCGAGUAUGGGAUCCUAAGUCCGGAAAAUUGGUGACCAAGUUUGUGGGCCAUACGGAUAAUGUCCGCGAUAUUAUGAUCAAUCAGAGUGGUGAUACUAUUAUGACUGCAUCUUCCGAUCAGACUAUCAAAGUCUGGUCACUCACUGCUGGUCGUUGCAUGAACACCCUUACGAUGCAUAAUGAUAGCGUUUGGUCGCUUUACUCUGAUCAUCCGGAUCUUUCAGUCUUUUACUCCAGUGAUCGUUCAGGAUUGGUUGCUAAGACCGAUACACGGCAGUCUUCCGAUAUGGAACAGGGCGUUUGUGUCGCCGCUCUACAGGAACAUGAAGGUGUUGUGAAGGUUGCCGCUUGUGGCGAUAAUAUUUGGACGGCUACUCCCAAGUCGAGUAUCAAUCGUUGGAAGGACAUCGACACUACGCUUGAGAUUGAAUCUGAGCCGGCUCCUGGACGCACCAUUGAUUCUGCUGCUGCGACCAAACCUGAACCCGAAUCUAAACCCGAUAAAGAGCUAAAGAGUAUUCCUUACAAUGCUAUCUUGCAACUAUCGGCAACUUCAUCUCUGCUAGCGGGCACUCCAUCCGGUGUCCAAACUCCUGAGCCAGGAUUGGAGGGCGAGCUGGGAUCGACAGCUCCUAUCUCUUUAGUACCAGAGGAGAGUAUCGAAGGGCAGCAUGGGUUGAUCAAGUGCUUAAUGCUGAACGAUAGAAAGCGAACUCUUACACAAGAUUCUGCCGGAGACAUUGUUUUGUGGGACUUACUCAAAUGUGUUCCCGUGCAAGCAUUUGGUAAACGUCACCUCGAGGAUGUGGCGGACGAAAUCAAUACAACAGAGAGCAUCGCUCACUGGUGUACUAUUGACGUCCGUACUGGAAGACUCUCUGUCAUUUUAGAGCCCAAUCGCUGCUUCGAUGCUGAGGUUUAUGCAGACGAGGCUGGUCUGUCAGAUGAGGACCUCGAACAAUUCCGAGACGACCAAAGAAUCAACCUUGGCAAAUGGGUUCUGCGAUGGCUAUUUGCUCCCUUGGUUGAUGAGGAAACCCGACGCGAUGAGGAAUACCGUGAAACUGCGCAAGCAAAGGCCGAAGAACUGGCUGGGCUCAACCCUAUCAGUACUUCAGCCCCAGGCGAUGACAUCCCUCGUAGCGUUGGCAUUCCAAUCUCAGAUCCCUCCACGUUGACCCUACGCCCGGGUGUAGACUUUCCAGGAAGUCCCAAUACCUCAGGGUUCGGAAUCAACAUUGGAACUCCGUCCUCGGCGAACUAUAUGAGUACUUCAAUGGCGAGUAGCGUCUCCCCAUUCCCGAACUUUGAACCAGACACAGAUGCCAUUCCGUCUUCUCACCCGCCUCCUGAUGCUGGACCGUCUUCAUUCUCCGAUAAAUCCGGCGACUAUUUCACAUCGAGACUUCCGCAGGAUAAUGAUAAAGCGCCUAUGUCUCCCUCGGACGCCAAUUCACAAUCCGGACUCCCGCAGUCUCCCUCAGAACCUGAUAAGGAGGAGCGUAAGAAAGGAAGCUCAUUAUUUGGCAAGAAGUUCCGCAUGGGAAUGGGCGAUAUCAAGAAACUGGGCCGGACAUCUACGGAUCAAAAGCCGUCGAUUCAAGAAGAGAAGGUCGAAGAAUCUGAAGUGUCAUCUAUUAAAGAGGAGAAGGUUUACGAGCCCAACAUCAGUGGGGUUAUUGAUCGUAUUCGCCAUGAAUACGAUGAGUUUUUGGCUUCAAGUCCAAACCGUGUCUUGGCGACGGCUAUCACCCCUAGUCCGUUGAGUGAGACACCUCGUCUCUACAUCCCUUCAAAAACUGCUGUCUUUAUUCAAGAGGAAACGGGCGAUACCGCAGUGGCUUCGGAUCUGUACAGAGGAAGUGUGGGUCGCAUUGGCGAAGAAAUCGAGCGUUUAGAAAAGUCCAUCCCGCAUUGGCUUGGUGAAUUGCUUUUGAAGAACCAAAUCCCAUUCAAGGAACAGGUCAAGAUCGCAUUUGUUCUAAAACCAUUCGAUGAGUCCGUGCCGCCAGUGGUGAAGCCCGAAGUCGCGACUGCAAGCGGAGGCCCGCCUCCUCCCAAUCCCAACAACAAUUCCCGGCUGAACGCCAAUCGCAUGCUCCGUGCCAAGAAGGUGCUAGCCUACGUGGCUGAGCGCAUCGAUCCGCAAAACGCUGAGGACCCGGAGGACGGAAUGCCACCGGAGGAGUACCUCGAGCUCUACUGCCAGAAAAUUUACUGUCCACCAAACAUGACUCUGGCUACUAUGCGCUCGCAUCUCUGGCGUACGUCUGGUGACAUGAUCCUCCAUUACAGGCCAAACGGCAAGAAAGAAAUUCGACCACCGCCACACCUGACUAACAAUGUCGAGACCAAUGGCACUAACGGUGAAUCUGGAGUUCCAAACGGGGACAACCAUGCACCCCCUGGCAGUAUUCAUUCGAUGACGAACUCAGGAUCAGUGUCUGGGUCGGUUGUAACUUAA